GUAAACCACAGCCUUCAACAUGCUCUGCUCAGGCAGCAGCAGUGUCUCCUCAGUGCUGUCUCUGCCAUGACACACAUUUGACAUGCCCUCCCUUAACCCACUCAGAGACUGUCUCUCUUGCCUUGCAGCAUGGACCAAAGAGAAAUUCUGCAGAAGUUCCUGGACGAGGCUCAAAACAAGAAAAUUAACAAAGAGGAGCUUGCCAAAGAAUUUCUGGCACUGAAAAGACAAUCCACCAAGUACAAGGCAGAUAAAACCUAUCCCACAACUGUGGCUGAGAGGCCCCAGAAUAUCAAGAAAAACAGAUAUAAGGAUAUCUUGCCCUAUGAUCAUAGCCGAGUAGAGCUGUCCAUGAUAACCUCAGAUGAGGAUUCCAGCUACAUUAAUGCCAACUUCAUUAAGGGAGUUUAUGGUCCCAAGGCUUAUAUUGCCACCCAGGGACCUUUGCCUACAACUCUCCUGGACUUCUGGAGGAUGAUUUGGGAAUACAGCGUCCUGAUCAUUGUUAUGGCCUGCAUGGAGUUUGAAAUGGGGAAGAAAAAAUGUGAGCGCUACUGGGCUGAGCCAGGAGAGAUGCAACUGCAAGUUGGUCCUUUCUCCAUAACCUGUGAAGCUGAAAAUAGAAAAUCUGAUUAUACAAUCAGGACUCUCAAAGCCAAGUUCAAUAGUGAAACUCGAACUAUCUACCAGUUCCAUUACAAGAACUGGCCAGACCAUGAUGUGCCUUCAUCUAUAGACCCUAUUCUUGAGCUCAUCUGGGAUGUGCGUUGUUACCAAGAGGACAACAGUGUUCCCGUAUGCAUUCACUGCAGCGCUGGUUGUGGAAGGACCGGUGUUAUCUGCGCUAUUGAUUAUACGUGGAUGCUGCUGAAAGAUGGGAUAAUUCCUGAGAACUUCAGUGUUUACAGUUUGAUUCAGGAAAUGCGAACACAGAGGCCUUCAUUGGUUCAAACUCAGGAACAGUAUGAACUGGUCUACAAUGCUGUAUUAGAACUGUUUAAGAGACAGAUGGAUGUUAUCAGGGAUAAAUACUCUGGAAUAGAGAUUCAUACAAAGUAUUCAGUUUCUCAGCAAAAUCCCAAUCGAGAAGCAGGCUCUUAUUCUCCUAAUUUAGCAAAAAGCAGCAUAAAAGAAACAGAAGUGAUGAAGCAACAGAGCCAAGAAAGGAUAAGGGCAAAAAGUGCAGAAGAUUCUUCCUUUGACCUCACAUCUUCUGAUAUAAGUAAAAAGGAAGGGUUAGUUACACACCCUGCUAAACAGAGCAGUUCUUUAGAGUUUUUGGAGCUAAACUGUGGUUGUAACAAAAAUGCUGACACAACCAUGAAAUGGGAGACAAAGCCAUUUCCAGUGGUUGGGGAGCCUCUUCAGAAGCAUCAAAGUUUGGACUUGAGCUCCCUUUGGUUUGGAGCACGUCCUAACUCUAAACCUGUAAAUGCAGCAGGAAGAUAUUUUAAUUUAAAGAAGCCAAUAAUGCGAACCAAAUCAACUCCCUUUGAACUGAUGCAACAGAGAGACACCAAAAAGUUGGACAGCAAGGAAAAAUUUUAUUUGGAAUCUCAACCAGACAAUUCUUGCCUUGAGCAGGCUCAAAAAGUGAUGCAUAUUUCUUCAGCGGAACUAAAUCAUUCACUGCCAGAUGACUCUAAGCAUCAAAUGUAUAAUGCCUCUAAUGCAACACAGCAUGACUCUAUUGCUUUUAAAGUACGUUCUUGCAUGUCUUUAGUGGAAGAUCCUUAUUUUUCAUCAUUGUCUCCAAGUACUGCUGUUUCUAAGAUGUCUCUUGAUUUAUCUGAAGAGCAAGAUGGAACUGCUUUACCUUGUUCUUCACUGCCAAACUCCUCUAUAACCCUCUUUUCUCAUAAUUCACAUGGUUCUUUAGCACUGAAUCCUCUGACUAAUUUUCCCCCUCCACUGGACCAAGAGACAGCAGUAGCAACUUCUACAAGGAUAGAUGAUGAAAUCCCCCCUCCACUUCCUAAGCGGACACCCGAAUCUUUUAUUGUGGUAGAGGAAGCUGGAGAAUUCCCAAUGAGUGUUCCCAAAUCUUUAUCUUCAGCUGUGAAGGUAAAAGCUGGAAUAUCACUAGAAUGUAGUGGAACAUCUGAAUCAAAGAAAUCUGAUGAUUUGAGUAUAAAACUCCAGAGUACCGAAUCAGAUCUACAUCAAGAUCGUUCUUCUCCUCUGCCACCUCCUCUGCCAGAAAGAACCCUAGAGUCCUUCCUUCUUGCUGAUGAAGAUUGUGUACAGGAUCAAUCUAUAUUGACUUGUUCUACUAGCUAUCCUAACACCAUGGAAAAUUCAUCUUCAAAACAGACAUUGAAGACUCCUGGAAAAAGUUUCACAAGGAGUAAGAGUUUGAAAAUUUUGCGAAACAUGAAAAAGAGUAUGUGUAUUUCUUCCUCACCAAACAAGCCUGCAGACUCUGUUCAGUCAAAGAACUCCAGCUCCCUCCUGAAUUUUGGUUUUGCAAAUCGUUUUUCAAAACCCAAAGGACCAAGGAACCCACCACCAUCGUGGAAUAUUUAACACAACUUUGGAAUACAGGCUGCACGUGCACCUGCAGAUAAAACUACUGGAAUACUGCUAGCUAAAAUAAGUACUCUAUAUUCAUAAUAUCAACAAUUAAGAUAUGGUAAUGCAUUAAUAGUUUUUAAAAGAAAAGCAAUACGCAAAUAAAUGCCAGAAGUUUUAUACUUUCAUCUCAUUUACAUUGCUUUGGAAAUCACAAAUAAGAAUUUGUCAUUUGAGCUUACGUAUAGAGAAUGCUGUAUGAGAGAGUUUUAGAAUGGACUUAUUUUUCAUUUUUGGAAGCUAUUUUUAUUCUAUUUUACUUUUCUACGUAAGUAUAUAAGACUUUGAAAGAGUUGUAAGAUUGGAUCUCAAUUAAAUGUGCAUAUUGCCAGAUGUUACUAUAAAAAGUGUUUUUAAAAAUCUUACUUUGUGUUUGCAGUACAAAAUUACUGCUUGUAACAAUGACUAUUCCCUGGGAGUUAUGUUUGCCUAAAUGGAGUACAUCUUGCACAUCUUUCCAAAUGUUGUGGGAAAUAAGAAUAGUAAGAGAAGAAGUCAUUUAAUAAGAGAAUAAAAUAUAUAUGAACGUAAUAGUCUUUAAAGACAGUAAUCAUUCUUUUAUUUGGAUAUACCAAUUAACAAGAUGUUCAGUUACAUUCCUGAUAAGCUAUAGCCAGCUAUUCAAUUGCCAAAUUUGGAAGAAUAAUCAAUAAAGUAGUUGUCUUUUGGUAGCAUUUUUUUUCAUUUCAAAGUUCCUAUAUAAAAACUGUGUAGUUUAUAUCCAACUAACCAGAGGUACUACUAGUUAAAUUUUUUUCUAUAUAAAUAUGGAUCUACUUUAUCUUAAGAAAGUUGACCUUGCAAAUCUAACUUUAUGUAACAAGUUAGUGGGUAAUUAUUAUUACAAAGCAUUUCCCUGAGUUCUCAUAAUGAUUUAACUUAAAAAAGUCUAUAACUUCCUAGAAAUGGAAUACUUAAAUACCGUGUGUUCUUUAGUAUCCUUCAUUAGGAAGCCCAAGGAAGGCACAUAUUGGAUGAAAUAUUUUUACCUGUUUAUUGCAGUGCAAUAUACACAAGAGAUGCUCAAUAAACUUUUUGUUUUUAAACUAA